AUGUCUGGAAUCUGGGGCUGGUUUGGCGGUGGCGCCGCGCAAAAGCGGAAAGAGACGCCGAAGAAUGUCAUUCUCGACUUGCGGACGAACAUGGAAAUGCUGCAGAAGCGUGAAGCCCAUCUCAGUCGCCAGAUCGAGGAACAGGAUCAGAUUGCGAGGAAGAAUGUCAACACGAACAAGACGGCUGCGAAGGCGGCACUACGACGCAAGAAGAUCCACGAACACAACCUCGAGCAGACGCUGAAUCACAUUGCGACGAUCGAACAGCAGAUGAACGCAAUCGAGUCCGCGAAUAUCCACCAAGAGACCUUCAUGGCAAUGGAGCGAGCGGGCAAGGCUAUGGCGACAAUACAUGGCAAGCUCACGCCGGCCAAGGUUGAUGAGACCAUGGAUAAACUGCAGGAGUACAACCGGCUGAACGAGGAAAUUGCGGAGGCGAUAGGCAGCGUCGCAUUGGGCCAGCAGGUGGAUGACACAGAGUUGGAGGAUGAGCUGGAACAGCUACAGCAGCAGGAGCUCGAGGACAAGAUGCUAGAGACGGGCCCCCUCCCGGUCGAUAAUAUCCAGCGUCUGCCGGCCGUGGCGAAUGGAGAAAUCAAAGGGAAGGCCCCUGCCGUCACAGAAGACGACGAGGAAGCAGAGCUCAGGAAACUGCAAGCAGAGAUGGCGAUGUGA